GUAGUUAAAAUUAAUGAGUCUAUAGUCACUCAAAUCUUACAAACUAAGGACCAACAACUUUCAAAUAAAAUUGUAAAUCCAAAUGCCAAGCGACAUAUGACCGUUACUGUACCAGAGCUUGAGUUAGUGCUUAAGGAAUUUAUACUAAUCUAUCAAUACUACACUAUUCUAAGUGAUGCUAUGAUGAUCGAAAAGGCAAAAUUGUUAGCAGAUGAACUAGGGUCCCUGAAGGCAAAAGCAGAUUCUGUUGAUGAGGAUGUUAUUACUGAAUCCUUACCUUUAUUGCAAAAUAUAUAUUUUUUAUCCAAAAAUACAACUUCUAGAAUACAACCAAUGGAUACAGGAAUAAUCAUGGCUUUUAAAAGAGCCUAUCAUUAUUUUCAUUUCCAAUGGAUGUUGGAGCAAAUUAAAGCAGGUAAUUUUAUUCAGAAUUUGAAAAUGAAUGUUUUACAAGUGAACUUUGCAAAUAUUUCAGAUGAUCUUUGUGAAGCUGGUGAUUCAAGGCUUAAAAAUCUUAUUAGGUUACUAAAUACUCUUUGUCUUACAAAUGCAAUAGAAACUGAUGAAUUCUUAAAUUUUAAUAGUGAAGAGAUUGUUUAUAAAGAGCUAGCUUAUAUGUUUAGAAAUGAUAAAAGUGUUGAAGUUAUAAAUGAAGAAAAUACUGAAAUAAUGGAUGAAGAGGAAGAUAAUAGUGUAGAACCCGCAGUUGUUAGUGGUAGUUUGGUAUUAAAUAGCUUAGAAAAUGUUCAGAUGUUUUUACUUCAGCAGAAAGGCUUAGGUGAUCAAUUAAAAUCAAUUAAUUUUCUUGAAAAAUUUAUUAGAAAAAUGAUGUCAAGUUCUGCUUAG